GCGAGGGGUUCCCGCCAUUUUGACCGGCUGGCGACACAGCGGGCUCUUUCCAGGAGACUACAAGUCCCGUGAGGCCCCGCGGCGGCACUUCCUAUCCCUCACUGUCCUGCCUGCUCCCUUUCCCCCCUCCCGGGGGCCGAAGGCUCUGGCAGCACCCUGGAGGCCGGCGGGCCAGGUAGGAUUUCCGGGGGAAACUACUUUGGAGGCUGAGGCGGCGGCGGCGGCGGCGGCGGCGCCCCGGCAACUAUAUCCCACCUCCCUAAUCGGGUUAAUAGUGGCAUGGAAGAUCCAUUUGACUUCUCCAAAGAACCCUGGGACAGUAGAAGAAGCAGGCCAGCCCACUGCAGACCCAGGCAUGGUCAUGGACAGCGUGGAAGCAGGAGACACAACACCUCCUACAAAACGAAAGAGCAAGUUCUCAGGCUUUGGCAAGAUCUUCAAGCCUUGGAAGUGGCGGAAGAAAAAAAGUGAUAAAUUCAAAGAGACAUCAGAAGUUUUAGAGCGAAAAAUAUCUAUGCGAAAACCAAGAGAAGAGCUGGUUAAAAGAGGGGUUCUUUUGGAAGAUUCUGAGCAGGGUGAUGACGAUCCAGGGACGUUGAGCCAUGCCAUGUUAAAGAAUGGCCAUACCACCCCCAUAGGAAGUGCCAGAUAUUCUAGUCCAGUCCCAGUAGAGGAAGAGCCAGGGAGAACAAGUCUUGGGAAAUCUAUUCGAGAAGAGGACCCAAAGAAGCGACUAGGCUCAACUGGAAGCCAGCCUAAUUCUGAAGCAGAAUCCGUUCCUGAGAAUGUACCCAAACAGCCUUUACUUCCCCCUAAAAGACACUUGUCCUCUUCUCAUGAAGCAAAUGAAGAGCAAGCAAAGGAUGCCACUUCCUCUGGCAGCACAGCAAGACCCAUCUCCUCCACCUCCACCACCGGCAUCACCCCAGCACCUGCCGCCACCAUAGCUGCCACAAACCUAGCAAAAACUGUUAAUUCCUCUCUCCCCCCUUCCCAAGCACCCAGGACUCUGCCAGCUGCUCCUGCCAGCACUAACACUACUGCUACCCCAAGCCUCACUCAUACAGCCCCUGCCAAGCAGCCCCCUAUCCCGCCCCCUAAACCAGCUCACAGAAAUAGCAACCCGGUUAUUGCUGAACUUUCUCAAGCAAUAAACAAUAGUACAUUGUCAUCAAAGCCUUCCCCACCUUUACCACCUAAGAGAGGCAUUCCAUCAACCUUGGUAUCCACCUCAGAGUCUGCUGCCACCGUUGCCACCACCACAAAAGCACCACAAGAUCAGAGAGAGAAGAGCACAUACUCCGUGGGCUUCGAACCACUGCUGAUGAUCCCCCCACCCUCUCCAUCCCCUCCGCUGCCUACUCAUAUACCUCCAGAACCCCCUCAGUCCCCUCCGUUCCCUGCUAAGACUUUUCGAGUUGUGCCAGAAAUUGAGUUUCCACCUUCCUUAGAUCUACCCCAGGAGGAUCUGCAGCAGGAAAGUCAGAAAAAGGAAGUACCCAAGAGGAUGUUGGACCAUAGCUUUGGGGAGCCCCGCGUACCCCCUAGGCUGCCCCCAGUCCCACUGCAUAUCCGAAUCCAGCAGGCCCUGACCAGCCCACUUCCCAUGACUCCUCCCUUGGAGGGCUCUCAUAGAGCUCAUUCGUUGCUCUUCGAGAACAGUGACAACUUUUCUGAGGACAGCGGUACCCUGGGUCGGACCAGGUCACUUCCCAUCACUAUUGAAAUGUUAAAAGUUCCAGACGAUGAAGAAGAAGAGGAGCAAGUCCACCUAUUUGCAUUCGAUGAAGAUGUAGUAUCUACCUCAGUUGUUCCUAAAUUACCACAGUGUCUGCAGGAGGAAGAGGAAGAGAAAGAGAGUGACUCAGAUUCAGAAGGCCCCAUUCAGUACCGAGAUGAAGAGGAUGAAGAUGAAAAUCAUCACAGUGCUCUGGCCAAUAAAGUGAAAAGGAAAGACACUCUGGCGAUGAAGUUGAACCAUAGACCCAGUGAACCAGAGAUGAACAUGAAUUCUUGGCCUCGAAAAAGCAGAGAAGAAUGGAAUGAAAUACGGCACCAGAUUGGGAACACGCUAAUCCGACGACUGAGUCAAAGACCAACACCAGAAGAACUGGAACAACGAAACAUACUACAACCUAAAAAUGAAGCUGAUCGUCAGGCAGAAAAACGAGAAAUUAAGCGUCGGCUCACUAGAAAGCUCAGUCAGAGGCCAACUGUGGCUGAACUACUUGCCAGGAAGAUUCUGAGGUUUAAUGAAUACGUGGAGGUAACAGAUGCUCACGAUUAUGACCGGCGGGCUGACAAACCUUGGACCAAACUGACCCCUGCUGACAAGGCCGCUAUAAGAAAAGAGUUAAAUGAAUUUAAAAGUUCAGAGAUGGAGGUUCAUGAAGAGAGCAGACACUUUACACGCUACCACCGUCCGUGAUGCCGAAGUUUGAGAGAUGAUCUAAACAACCCCCCAAAAGAGGGCUGCUUUGCUGCUUCAGUCUGCAGAGUGACAUGGAGGGUACUUCAGCACUUCCCAGCGCAGCCAGCACUGAGUCCUCUGGGAUGUAAUUCUGGGGUGAACAGCACUUCUAUGAAUGUAGCAUUUCACUGGAAUGGAUUCUCAUGUGCUGCCUUGGGCAAAACUUUGUCAGUGCUUUUGAACCUUUUAAUAUUGCCGUAUAUUUGAGGGGUCUUCCCUCACCAGCCACCAAGGUUCCAAGUUUUAUUGGCUGCUCCUUGCCCUCCCCGCAAGAUGACUGCCUGUGCUGAGGCACAGUUGGCACCAUUAUUAGCCUUACCUGCCCUGUCCAAGUGGUGAGACCCACCCAGUGUGGGCGCCAAAUUCCAGCCAUCAAAUCCAGUUGGUGACAGGGAAGCCCUUCUGAGGCCCCACCUCCAGGGGAAGCCUGCUACUGCACUGGCAUGUCAGUUGAAAGCAUUGCACUAUACCUCUUGUAACACAGCAAAAUAGUCCUUCAGGCGGCCCAGCCCAGGAGGAGCUCAGGAUGUGACAUGUUCUUCCUUUUGACACAAGUCAUUCUGAUUUUUUUUUUUUUUUUUUUUAAGAAAUCUUGAAGAGAUGAUGGAAACUUAUGUUUUUCCUAUCUCUUAAACAGUCUGAGCUGCAACCACAUUCCAAGUUGGAAAAUGAAAACGCAUAUGUUUUCUAUAUAUAAAAACAAAAUCCAAAAAGGCCUUUAUGUUAAGGCCAACUUGACAGAAAACUGACUCAUCAUGGCUUAAAUUUUAUAGGCUGUUGUACCAAGUGAUACUCUAAAUCAUUCUAACCAUGAGAUAUAUUCUCCCCCAUAAAGCAGAGUUGCAACAACUCUGUGGGAGCACUUGUGUCUGGCUGUCAGCCCCCACACUUUCAGCCAGAAUCACAGUGAGGUCCCGGGAGUGUGGGGUGUUAGACAGGAGAAGGUCUUUGGAGAAGCAGUUAGGAGGGGCAAGAUCAUGACCCACUGUUCCUCUCUCUUCCUCAGUACUGUCUGCCCUCCUGCUGCACUCUCCCUCUUAACUCCCAACACUGAUCGUCCUGCUGAUCCUCUCUGGCAGCUUCCACCUUAUUCACCCCUCCUCUUCCAAGCUGUAGCUAGUGUAGCUGGUGCCUGGGCACUGGCUCAGCCCCUACCCCUUUUUGUAUUUGUAAUGUGUAUUAAUAUGAUUUCCUAAAACAGAAGAUUUAGUUGCUUUCUUUGAAUUAUUAUUGAAAACCAUACAGCCUUACUAUUUCCCUCUCAUUCCUAUCCACCCUAAGUGGAAGGGAAAAAACAGUUUCUUAACUGAUGAAUGUGACUUUUUCCCUUUAAUGUUCAGAAAAUUGUGGCUAUUUUACAGAUUUCUUUUGAUUUCUUCUGUAGUCCCUCUUGUUCUAGAUGUCAUCUUUCAGUAGGUAUUUCUCUUUCUUCCUUUGACGUCCGUGUAAGAUUUGCUGAAGAAUCAGAAUAUUAGUUCAAAACAAAAAAGCUGGAGUUCACGCUGUGAUGGUGGGUUAAUGGUCUGGCAUUGUCUCUGUGACAGUGCAGGUUUGAUCCCCGCCUGGGAAUUUCCAUGUGUCGGGGUGUGGCUGGAAAAGAAAAACAAAACAAAACAAAAAAAAACCUAAAGUGACCUUAAAGGUAGUAUCUUCUCUCCGAAUGGGGAAUUGGGAAGUAUUUAGAAGUCUCAGUAAUUCUCAAGUGCUUUAUGGCUAUGGAGCUACAUGGGACCCACAUCUCCUGGAAGCUCAUUAACACUUGGCAUGACAGAGGGAAGAGAAGGGACAGUUCUGCAAAGUUGCUAGCCUUCUAAGGCGGCCACAUAGAAGUGCUAACUUGACUUCUGCUAACCUUUCUGUCUUGCUGGUUUGGAGACAACUUGGCUUAUGCUAGCAUCCUCUGUGGUUUCAGAUGACAAUUUCAAAGCCGCCUUUCACUGCCUUUCUUUCCCUUAAUGUGCCAAGCUCGAAACAGGAUUUGAUUUCUUGAGCUAAGUGUGUGCUUUCUAUGUGCCACCGAGGAAUUUAGUUCGUCUUUCAUCUCAUUCAUGUUCUUUUGAAACAAGAUACUUUGGGGUCAAAUCUUUUCAGGUGUUUAUAUAUAUAUAUAUAUAUAUAUAUAAAGUAGAUUUUGUGUCUUUCCAUGUAAGUAACAAUUCACAAUCAUAAUGUAAAGAAGAAAUAAAAGCCUGGUGUAUUGUACUUCAAAAUGCUUCCCUGAUGUACAGAAUCUCCUUGUAAAAUAAAUAAUUGCAUUGUAUAUCAGUCUUCCUAUCAAUAUUAAUUAAUGUAUUUUAGAAUUAAAAAAAACCUACACUA